AUGGUCAACGGCUUCAUGUCUGUGGCCAAAGACUCAGUAGUUUGUUCUUUUCAUUUCAGAGGUGGUGCAGAACUCCUGUUUGACGGUGUUAAAAAACAUCAGGUGACCUUGCCCUGUCAAGCAGAGCCUUGGGAUAUCAGAAACCUGCUAAAGUGGAUCAAACAGAAUUUGUUGAAAGAACGACCAGAAUUAUUUAUGCAAGGGGAUUCUGUGAGGCCAGGAAUUUUGGUGCUCAUCAACGACGCAGACUGGGAACUAAUGGGUGAGCUGGAUUAUAAACUGCAGGACCAGGAUAAUGUGCUUUUCAUCUCAACAUUACAUGGCGGGUGAACUCCUGGAAAAACAAGAGGACUUAAAUCCAAACCCCUGGGCAAAAAGCCCAAACAAAAACCUAAACCCACUCAAAUCUCUCUUGAACUGUCCAUGCCCAGGCUCUGCAUCUUCCCAGUGAGUUCACUUGUUACUAGACAUCCAAAUAAAACCCUGCCAACAUGCA